UCUGUGCACCGCUCCCCUACCAAAACCAGGGUUCUGCAUACGUUCCAACAUUCCGAGCGUGCGCCGACAUGGACGACGGGGAGCUACUCUGCGAGGCGGCGAGAAGCGGCGACACCGAAAAGGCGAACACCCUAAUAGAAGCCGGAGCAGAGGUUUCGUUCUUCGACGGCGACGGAUUAACCCCUCUGAUGCACGCCGCCAAGCACGGCCACGCCGCCGUGGUCAAGCGCCUCCUCGAAGCCGGCGCUCCCUGGAACGCCCUCUCGCCUUCCAACCUCUCCGCCGGCGACUUCGCCAUGGACUCCGGCCACCAGGAUGCCUUCGACCUCCUCCUCAAUGCCGGGAUACAAGCUGAGUUGAUCCUUGGAACCAUUGCAAGGAGAGCAAAUCCAGGUGGGGAUCCUAAUGGUGACUACUUGGAGGAUAGAGUUAGUUUUAGUGAGGAUAAGCUGAUGGACUCUGAAAGUAAGGCUGUCAUGAUGGCUUGGGAGAAGCCAUUGAUGGAGGCGCAUGCAAAAGCUGUUUGUUCAGGAGGUGGGCACAUACUGAACAUUGGAUUUGGAAUGGGGCUUGUGGAUACUGCCAUUCAACAAUAUGCACCAGUUGCUCACACCAUUGUUGAAGCUCACCCAGAGGUCUAUGACCGUAUGCUUCAUUCUGGUUGGGGGGAGAAGGAGAAUGUGAAGAUAAUAUUGGGCCGCUGGCAGGAUGUCCUUCCUCAGCUUGAAUCUUAUGAUGGUAUUUUCUUUGACACUUACGGAGAGUAUUAUGAAGAUAUGAGAGAAUUCCACCAGCAACUUCCUUUGUUGUUGAAACCUGGAGGGAUCUACUCAUUUUUCAACGGCCUUUGUGGGGGUAAUGCCUUUUUUCAUGUUGUGUACUGUCAAUUAGUUUCUCUGGAGCUUGAGAGUUUGGGUUAUUCCACACAGUUAAUACCCUUACCUGUAAAGGAUUGUUUGGGAGAAGAAGUCUGGAAGGGUGUGAAACACAAAUAUUGGCAGUUGGACACAUAUUACCUCCCUGUUUGUCAGUCUAUACAGGAUUCUGAAUGAUGUUUGGAUUCAUACUACUUGUUUCUUGAUGUUCUGUAUGAUUAAUCAUCGUUUAGACCA